GGGAUGGAGGCAGCAGCAGCAGGAGGAGGAGGAGGAGGAGGAGGAGGGGAGGAGGAGAAGAGGGGGUGAUCUGUGGGACUGCAGCUUUUAGAAACAGACACACAAGCAGAGGGGUUUCAUUCUCAGCCCAAAGCUCCGCUCAGGCACAGCCCAUUCCGGAGGAGAGGGAGACACACACACAUUCACACACACUCAUAGACACACACACACACUCUGCUCCGUGCUGCUCCGUGUCCAUGUUGUUGUCAUCUCCGCCCAGAUCUGAUUAGAGCGCGAGCCCGCCGCUGCUCCGCCAGAGGAGAGGGAUUGUUUUCGGCCGCUGCGGACCCGUGGACACCUCCGCGUUCCUGCUUUCUUGUUUUUUCCUCCUCUUCUUCCUCAUCAUCAUCAUGUCCCUGAAAGACAAACUGUGAGCCGCUCUGAGUCCAUGUUGCUGCGGCCGGUGCGCUCUGCACACGCGCGGGUCAUGCUCUGCACCUGACAUCCUCUCUGCGCACUAAGAGUUUUAGGGAGGAGGACAAACUCCUCCAGAAGUUGUUGACUCCUGCUGCAGUAGCAGCAGCCUGCGGACUCUGCCCCACACGGACUGUUUUACUCCAGGUCCUUGUUUCUUUUUUACCCCUUGAAAGCUGCAUCACCGGGGCGAAACGGCGACCUCAGUCGAUUACCUUUCGUUCCUUUGCUAUCCCAUGGAUAUUCACUGCAAAGCGGACCCCUUCUCGGCGAUGCACCGUGAGUAUCUGAAGUUUACACACUUGAGCUCUCCUGUUGUACCUUCUAAAAAUCAACCGAGGAGUGCAGCUUUAUUGGAACAUGAAACAGCACUGAAAAAUGGGCUUUUACUCAUUUUUUUCUCGUUACAUUUAAUCCAUCGUGCCAAAUGGAGAAAACGCACAAACGCACACAUUUUUUUACUCUCAAGCAGACUCUUUGCUUUUUUAAAAUAGAUGUUUUAACGCCGUUUUAUAGAUAACAAAAUAGAAUACAGAAAUCGUAUGUUGGUUUAAAAAUUAGUAACAAUAUUAUCAUUAAAUUUAAAGGUACAGUACUCAACAAAACAGUUUUUGUUAAAGCUUUAGUGACUUCUAUGUUAAUUAAAAUAGGAAACACUUCUGUUGUAGUUUUAGAAAUCCACAAAUUUAAAUACAAAGCUUUUAUGAUCUGUGAAAUGACAGCUAAAGAGCCUGCUGUGUGUAAAUUCAUGUCAAACACCUCUCUUUAUUCUCUCUGUUUCUUAACGUAGUAAAAAUAAAAACAGCUCCUUCUGUUUAUGUUUUCCUCCUCACGAUAUGAGUAAAGGAGAGCCGGACGAAGCCCUUAAAUAAUUGAUCCCUCCUCAAUCGCGCCGUCCACGUUUGUAAUAUGAGUUAUCAAAGCGACUUUGAAUUAUUUACAAUAAUUGUGCGAGGAAAAUUAAACAGGCUGAAACGUUAGAUGUGCGACAUGUGUUAGGCUGCAGAGGAGGAGGAGGAGGAGAAGCUGCUGGAAAUAUAAGGCAUGCAACACAGUCUUAUGAAGGACAGGGAAACAAUGUGGUUCUUAUUUUGGUCAGUAAAGCAGACACUUUAGAUUGAGUAUUUUAUUAUUAUUAUUAUCUUUUUUUUUUAAUUUAAGGUAGAUUUUAUUUUAUUUUAAAUUUCUUUUCACUGUAAAUGUCAGGCCCAUUAAAUCUUUGGCACAUUAUCUGCGUAAAAGUAUUAACACGCACUUAAAUAGAGUGCAAUGUUGCCAAUAUGUAGAGCUAAUCAGAAAUAAUAAUAAUAAUAAUAAUAAUAAUAAUAAUAAUAAUAAUAAUAAUAGCAGAAAAACCUUUGUGGGUGUGGAUAAAACACGUGUAGGAGAGUGUAAAAUCCACCAUAUACUGUCUCCAUACCCCUGUUCCUCUGCAGGUAUGUAAUGUUAUGCUCCCCUCUGCUGCUGUUGUAACCCACGCAGGGCACGGCGGUGUGAACCAGCUCGGCGGGGUGUUUGUGAACGGCAGACCCCUCCCGGACGUGGUCCGGCAGCGGAUCGUGGAGUUGGCCCACCAGGGUGUCCGGCCCUGCGACAUCUCCAGACAGCUACGGGUCAGUCACGGCUGUGUCAGCAAAAUCCUCGGCAGGUAAAAAGAGGGGAUCCAACACCUCCACCUCCACCUCCUCCUCCUCCACCACCUCCACCACCACAAGAGCCCUUAAAUGUGUGUCAAACAUCAAUCUUCUAUAGAGCUCGUAUGUGCGCACCCAGCUCUAUUUCAGCCUCAGUCAUCGGUUAUAUAGGCAGGUCAUUUUUUUUCUUUGCCCUUUUUUUUUUUUUUUUGCUUGAACACAGCAGUUCUGCGUCCCAGAUUUUCUAUCCAUCACCUGCAGCCUUUGCCAGAGAAAAGCAUCAUAAUUAUGGAAUAAUUUUUGGAGACGAGACGGCGAAAAAAUUACGCACAAAAUAUCGUAGAGGGAUAUGAGGCUGUUUUAAUUUCGUGGGAGACAGUAGGCUAAAAGAAGUCACCUUAAAAAUGAUUAACAUGGAUACAAAAAAAUAAAAGACUCUAAAUGUCACACUACAUUUGAAGGUUUCUGUAAACCCUCCCUUUAUUGCCAUAAUCCAUGAGAAAAAACGCCACAUUUUUAUUUUCCAUCAGUCGACUUUACACCUGAGAAUUUAGCUCUACUUUUUAACUUUACAACUUCAGAGCACAUAUGCUGUGAGAUAAUAUUUUGAAAUAUAUUUUUUUCAGCUAUCAGAAGGCAUUUCAGAGGUAUUUCAUUUCACACACACUGAAUGUUUGUCACCAACAUUUACAGACAGGUCAUGGUGGCAUGUCGUGCAUGCUGCUGUAAGCUCAUGGAGACUGAAAAAAUGAGGUCCAAACUGUCCUUUUGUUCUGUCCGUCUCACUGCUUAUAUUGUGUGGUUUUUAAUGACACUAUUUUUCGUGGAAAAAUCUGCUCUGUUCACCAACCAGCUGACACUCAAUUAGGCCCAUAAUGCAGCACAUACCCAGGCAAAUAAAUAGGUUAAACUCUCCAUCACAUUUGUAGGUAUUUUUUUAAUUUACUCAUUCUUUUUUUUUUUGCCUUUGAUUUCUCGGAGAUUUGUUUUCACGCAGACAAUUUUUGAGUCACGUUUCAAAUCAUUUGGACAUAAUUUGUUAAUCUGAAGAGGAUCCAUUCAGGAACAAAUCUCUCUGUCUCCGUACAGGUACUAUGAAACCGGCAGUAUUAAACCCGGAGUCAUUGGUGGCUCCAAACCAAAGGUUGCAACUCCGAAAGUGGUGGAUAAAAUAGCUGAAUACAAACGCCAGAACCCAACCAUGUUCGCCUGGGAGAUAAGGGACCGACUUUUGGCUGAGGGCGUCUGCGACAACGACACAGUUCCCAGCGUUUCAUCCAUCAACAGGUAGGUGGAAAUUUCCGUUUUGAUCCGAUUUUAGUCGUUAAAAAGCAUGCCGAAUUGUUCUUGGAGGCUUAAAUUCUCCGUGAAAUAUAGUUUUUUAAACAUACUUUUAAACAUGUGUGUAAAAUGUUUGAGUGAUAAAAAAAAUUUGUGGAAAAUUAAACUAGACCUCGCAGGAAGAAUAGUUAACCACGCGUAAUUGGAAUAAAUCGGCGCUAAAAUAAACAUAUAAUUACUUUAUCUACACAUACUGAGCUGUAGAUAGUUCUAACCCGAGACUAUCCCCUAUCCGGGGUGGUCUCACGUGUGCAAUUCAAUCCCCUGCGUGGCCCUCCACAACACAGCCAGCACGGGGGCUGAGGCUGGGGCCACGAAGAAUCACAUCUGUCUCGAUAAAAACCGAUCAAUACCGCGUAACCAGAUCCAGAGACGGAGGGAAAUACCCAACAAAGUCGUUCAAUACGUGGACCACACUGCGACAGAGGCGGCAGCAGCCUCUUUAUUGCCAACCGAUUGCUCUGUUUCCCAACACGGAGGGGAAUGUGUAGCGACAAAAACUCCACACAUUUACGCACAGGCUGUGGGGGGAACAAUCUCAAAAUAAUCCGGUGCGAAUCCCAAGCAAUUACCCUCAUUAUCAUCCUCAUUGUUUACAUGAUUUUUUGCUUUAAUUAAUUAAAUAGAUCUAGAAAUUAUAAACUACUUUCGAGCCACAACAGUGUUAAUUUAUGCGUAAAAGGACCAUAAAAGAGUUUCUGUUCUAAAGCAGCGGACACCCUACACCUUCACCUUUCCUCGUGAAGAGGGACAGCAAUGGACAAAGUAUCUUUAGACAGAGGACACCGGUGAAAAGCCCUCAUGUGUGCAUGUGUGUGCAAAGUGAAAAAAGCCCCAUAGUGGCUGCGAGUGAUGAACUUUGGUUAGGAGGCACUGUUCCAGAGAGCUGGUCAUCCGCAUUACAUUUUAAUGAGCUGAAGAGAGUCUCAUAACACAGGCAGCUAAAUACAGGAGAUGGAUGAAUCUUUACAAAAAAUGAUGGAAAUAUUACCGGAAUUAUUACUGGUGUGGAAAUGAUCGUUUCAACCGGUUAUUUAGUGCCUGUUUGUAAAACCUGGAGAGUGAAUCCAAGAGUGUUUGGCACUAUUUUUCCAAACUUUUCAGUGUUGGACAGAAUAUUAAGUUAAAAAAAUGUGUGAUUCAAGCAAAACUUAGCAGCUUAAUCAAUAAUCAAAGGACACGCUGCAUGUUAAAUUCUUUAUUUUUAAUGCACCUUUAAAAAAGAGGCGGUAGAUUCAGUCACAAAAUCCAAAGAAAAGCAGCUUAAAUUUAAAUGAACCACUAUGUAACAAAAAGCAGGUUUUAUUCUUCUUAUUUGACUUCCUUAAAUGCUCAUUAGCUUUGGGUAAAUAUUAAUUUAAAUCCCUUUAACAAACUGAAAAUUCACAGGAGGGUUUAAACGCAUACAAAGCUCAACUUCAGUAAUAAUUAUCCAUGAUUUUCACAUUACAGGCUGUUUUAAUGUAGUCUCAUGUUGUUGGUUAUAAAGGGAGGGUUGGGAAACAUGUGGAGGAGGAAGAAGAGAAGUCAGCCAGUCAGAGAGAAAAAGAGAAAGAAGAGAGAGAGAGAGAGACCAACACAGUGGACCCCUGGUGGUCUCUGUGGUUACAGAGGUCUGACCUCUGCUCUGUUGACUAAAGAGGAUGUCCUGGCUUUAAACACAUUUUUCCUGCAUGAAUUAUUAAAGAUUACACACAGACUGGGUUGCACUUUGUUUUGCCGCCGCAGAGAGGAGUUUCCACCCGCUGGAGACAGAGGCGAACCCAGGAGCUCCUAAGCGGCUUUCAAUCGUAUUGAUCCACAUUUUAAUCUUUCUUUGGAGAUAUUUUUUUUUCUUUACAACACCCAAACGCAGACGCCGUUAAUUCAGCCAUCCCAGAUUGCUUAUUCAAUAGCAACAACGUUAGACUUGAAACAAAGUCCUUGAAUUUAUGAGGCUCCCUCGAGUCAUGAGGUCAGAUAACUGUUGUGGUGAGAUGUUAGAAAUUCAAAUAAAAUAUUGAUGUGUGUGUUUUCUGGAGGAGCCUUUGUUGCUCUGCCUGGAGGAGGAGAGAGCAUGGAGGACACAUGAGAUAGUGAGGGGAAUGAAAAGAGUGUGAUGUACAUUUUUGCCCCCUGAGGAAUUUAACCCCAUAGCUGCCUGAGUCAGAGCUGAUGGCUCACUGCUGCAUGCAUGAAACCUCGUUCUCCUCAUCUGCAGUCUGUAAAAGUCUGUUUUUGUCACACCUCUCCUGCGAGAGGGGCGUCCAUGUGGGAUUUUCUGUCGGUACACAACGCUGCCUGUUAGUCAAUGAUCUCACGUUCAUCUGUCAAUCAAAAGAUUACCACAGUCAUGGUUUAAUGUAAUGCGAUCACGUCCCAUAAGAGCUAAAGCUGAGCUAGACUAAAUCCCUCUCUACCUUUUGAAGAAUUACACCAAACCUCAAAUUUACAGAUGUUACAUUAUCUCUUAGGCCUCUGAUUUCACAUUAUCAGACACUGGAUGUAGCAGUAGGUUUCAGGUUCGCCCAAUAAGACACUAUUGCUUUCCUGUCACAUGUAAUUUAUAGAUCACCAUUUGCAUUUGUGGUUCCUCACCGCCAUUUGUCGUCAACUUUUCCAUCCUGGAGUCCCAAUCAAUAUAAGCCCUGAUCCUCGGUGAGCCUGGAGGACUCUUGUGUGCAACACUGAGCAACAAAAAGACCAAAAAACUACAGCAGAGAGAGCGGACAGGAAUGAAAUAGAGGAAUCAACGAGAGGAGAAAGAGAGAUGAGGGGUUUGGAAGACAGAGAUUGUGAAGUACAGUACAAAGAGAAGAAAUGAGAAAAAAAGAGGAUGAGGUUCUGAGAGAGAGAGGAGUGAAAGAUCAGCUUUGAGCGAUGGAGAGAUAAAGAGAGAGAGAGUGGGGAGAAAAGAGGGAGAGGGGAGCAGGAGAGGGAGAUUAUUAGAGUUGGCCAGGUAGAGCCAGUGAAGCUGAUCAUUGAGGUGAAUUGAUGUGAUUUCAUGCUUUGUUUGCAAGAUCAUUCAGACCAAAGUGCAAUGAAGACUUUCCCGCCACAUCACAUCUUACUGCUGUGGGGACUUUAUCAUAUUUCUAACCUCAGAAUCCAGCUAGAUUGAAUCCACAAUCUCAGGGGGCAGAACCCAUUCAGCCUCACACAGGAGCACAGAGAUUGGCCCUAAAGCCCCGAGAUUGGCUAUUUGUGACUGAGGAGGGGCGCCUGAAUAUGAGGAUACAAGCUGCCCCCAAACGGUGGAGCACUUGUACAUGCACGGGUGUAAGUGGACCUGAUGUGGCGUGUUUAAGUGUCCCGGCUGGCGGCCGGGGCGCCUGGGUUUUGGUGUGAAAUCUCCAUGCUCUGGAAGCCGUAUUGAUUGAUCCGUGUCUGUUGUUCACUUUGCCAGGAUUAUCCGCACCAAAGUCCAACAGCAAUUCCACCCGUCCCCUGAUGGAUCUGUCACGCCACUCUCCACGCCCGGACACACUAUAGGUGAGCGAAAAAAAGGAGAAAGUACAGCACGAUGUAACGAAAAUGCACGAAUAAACACACUUUUUUUAACACAUGUAGAGGAAUAAAAACACAAAUAAAACCCACUCUACUCCUGCUUUCUCCAACAGUGCCCAGCACGGCCUCACCCCCUGUGACAAGCGCCUCCAACGACCCUGUAGGAUCCUACUCCAUCAAUGGCAUUCUGGGUAUCCCCCGCUCCAACGGCGAGAAGAGGAAACGAGACGAUGGUAAGAAAAAGUAAACACACAAGAACCCUUUUUUUUUUUUUGCUCCAUCCCUUUAAUUCUCUCCAUCACUCGUCUCCUACAUUUUUUCCCUGUGUGUGAAAAAGAAGAAGAAGAUGGCAUUUAUGACAGCGCUGCAGCCGAGUGUGUUUCUGUGUGCUGUCUCCAGUGACUUGUUAUGUUGUAUAUCAGGCUGGGGCGAGUGUUAAGAGAGAGUGUUGUGAUUCAAUCAGCUUUUUUUUUUUUUGAUGCCCUGUGUUUUACCAUACGCCUUCAGAGCUGCAUCUCUAUUUUAUACCAUGCUAAGAUGUACUGUAGAUAUCCCGCUUAGCUGUCAUACAACUCUAAUCCCCCCUUUGGCAAGACAUCCCUGCUGCUGCUCCUUAUUUUAUUUCUAUCGUGUAAAAAAAAAAGAAAGAAAGAAAAAGAAGAUCUGAACUGAUACUUUGAGACAGUUAUUUAAUUUCUUUAAAAAAAAACACAUUUCCAAAAGAUUUAAUUUGGUUCUACGAUGCUUGAGAGCAUUGAAACAUCCAAUUUGGAGUAUUUUUUAAAACCAUCGAGCAGACUUCACACUACCAGGGGACUGGCAUGAAAACAGACCUAGAUAUGCUCAAAGAUUAAGUGCAAGCUUAUCCGGUCCAAGCCAGAAUUUCUCAUUCCAAGGCACAAGAGUGGACACACACCGCCUGAGGGCUAAUAGAUUAUCGGUUUUGCAAACAAUUGGCUUUUUUAAUGCCUAUGAAUUAACAUGUCCCUGGUGGAGGCCUGAACAGGUGUAGGAACAGACCGGUGCAGGAGGGGAGGGGGCUGCCUGUGUCUGUGUCUGUGUGUGAGUGUGUUUUUGUGUGCGUGUGUGUUUUUGUGUGUGCUGCUUUGAGGGGGCUGAUGGGAUGAUAUGGUUGAAAAUGAUCUCAAAGAGCACUCAUCACAACAGGCCACUUCCUUUUUUUAUGUUUCUGUCUCUUUAGUUCUCUGGAGUGGCAACCACUUGGAUGGAAGGAAAAUAGGACAUUGUAAGUUGAAGUUAGACAACCUUCUCUUUCGCUUUGGUCAAUCAGACCACAACACUUUCCUCUCUACUGACUGUUUCUGCUCUUUCAGGGUUAUGAGCUCAUGAGGAUGAGAUGGGGAGGGUUUUUUUUUUCUUUCAAUAAAUAAUCUCCAUGGAAAUUAGGAAAAAAAUGAAGCUAAAGUGACUGUAGAAAAUCCUAUUUUCCAUAUAAUUGCCUCUGGUUUGAUAUACAGGAUCACAAUGCAGCUUAUUCAGAGUUUAGCAGAUAAAAACAUCAAGGUAAAAUUCCUCUUAUUUAACAGACUGUGUUUUCUUCUUGUAAUUUUCAACUGCUUAUAUUUUAAUAAUUAUUCCAACCAAACAAAACUGCAAGUUUCAGAGUUAGCUGAGUGUUUCACCUGCUAGACAACUUAGUAAACACAUGAAUAUAUAAAAGGAUAAAUAAGUGUUUUUGUAUCUGCUGCACUGUGGUUAUUUUACCAUAAUGACUAUGAAAACGGCUUGCACAGAAUUGUGAUAGUGCUACCAUGUGAUCUCGGUGUGGCUGAAGUCAGCGGUUGCCCUUUGAGGAAGAAAAAGGUCCCUAUUACUGGAGGGCUGUAGAGAUAAUGUAGUGUGACACGCGUUAUGUACACCGGGUCCCCCGUACGACGAGCUUCAGGGACAUAGGUGCCAUAAGAGCCAUUAAUCUGUCCUUGUCAUGUGUUAUUGCAAAUUAAAAGUAGCAUGUUACACUGGACGGCUGCGAGAGUGAAGAUGGGAGGAGGAAGAGGAGCAGAGGAGAGGGCGAGAAAAAGUGGAAGAAAGGAAAGGAGUGAGGAGUUGAGAAAGGAUUAGUUUCAGGCUUCGUGCAUGCACAUAUACACACACACCUGCUGCAGCUAAAUGUGCGCGCAGAGUGUGUGUCUGUUUGCAACUUUCAGAUGCUCCUCGCACAGUGAACAUAGUGACAUUUAAAAGAAUUUGCAAUUCUGCAGAGAAAAGCUAUUAAUUCACAAAUUAACAUCUCCCCCCUCUUCCCCUCCCUUUAUCUUGGAUGUGCAAGCUAUCGCAAAGACAAAAGAAAUAGCCUUAAGGGGGGAAAAGAGAGUCUCAGCCCUAUCUGUGCAGAGAUUGGUUUGCAUGUCUGCAAGCAGCGAUACCAAUUAUGCCAGUGCUGGGAGAAUGCGUCUCAAUGCACCCCCCCACAUAACCCCCUCCACCACCCUCUCCCUUCUCCUCCCACCACCACCAGCGAGUCUAUCCAUAGCCAGAUUUAUUUGUGUAUCUCAUUACAGGAAAUGGAAUGUUGUUCCUGCCAAAUGCAUUAAUAGUGAAGUGGGGAAAUUAGCCUGUUGUACAGCAUGCUCUCGCUCAGUCAUUUAAACCUAUGGUGGCAGUGGAAGCCAAGGAAAGAGGGAGAGGAUUAGGUGACAACUGCAGGGAGAUUGUCAAAUGUGUAUUAUUGCUUGGGAAGUCCAUGCAGUCCUCAGAAAAGUUGAAGCUUCUGGUUGUUUCUUGCGUAAAGUUUCCUGAGACAUCCGCUCAGAUUUCCUCUUCUUUCAAAGGGCGAUAAUUUCAUGUAAAUUCGACGCUUUCCUUGUCUUGCGCACGGUGACAGCUCACUCCUGACCCUGCUGCUGUAUGCAGUCAGGUUGAUGUGACCUAACUGUGUGUUUCUCUCAUCGGGGGCCCCGGGAUGGAGCCCGGUGGAGCUCCGGGGAGGACAGGCAGCAGGGAGCUGCGGUGAUAAAUCAGAUGGAGAAAGCAAAGGUCAUAACUUGUGAUUGUAGCGUGGGUGUGGGAUGAGUGUAGAAGGAGCUUAGGAGUGUAUGAGCAGGAGGAGGAGAAAAAUACGGCCCUGCAGGUUGUUCAUUCAUGACAUGAAAAGAGAGAGUCAUAUCAACCUUGUUCAAUAGGUGCAGGGAAAAAAAUGAAUACAGUGGCUGUUUUGAUUUGUUCAAAUUGGAUAUUUGGCCCCUUUUGAAGCGGGCUCGUAGUGUAUCUUUUAACACAUACGACCCAUUUGUAGAGUUCAAAUCAGUUAGUGUAUGGAUCUGAACCUGGGCCUACACUGGUUGGCUAGUCAAGCCAGUCCAUGACAAUGAGUCAAUAGAGGAUCACUUUAGAAAAUAAAUGCAUCCAGAGUGAGGCAGAAAUAAAUGGAAUCAUGAGCACCAUGAUGGCUCUGAUGGGGUGUGUGUGUGAGAGAGAAAGGCUCAGGUUUGAGAGGGGCCACAGAGCGUAACACAGAGACAAGAAGCUGUUAGGGCCCCAACAGUAGAGGAGGACACAAAAGGGUCCACAUCGCAUUUCUCCUCCCCUCCUCCUCCUCCUCCUCCUUUGCUCUUCCUCUUCAACAUUUAAUUUCUCCUCUUAUCAUCCUCUUCCCCGAGUCUUGCGGGUUAACCGUUCACUUUCACAAACAUGGCUGCGCGAGACCCGACGUACAGUUGUAAACAACACACAAUGAGACCCGUCACAAAAAUAUAAGGAGAGAGAAUUCACUCAAUGGAGAGGAAUCAUGUCAGAGAAAAGUCAAUUACGGGCAGCGAUGCCGAGAAUUAAUGGAGCGAUGCAUUACUCAGCUUGAGGAGGGAGAAAAGGCGAGAGAAAAGAGGGGAUACGUUAAUUGCAUUUUCCACAAAUACUUGCAGCACAGGGUGGCAACGCUAAACGACAGACUGGUCUUGAGGAGGGAGAGACGAAAGCAGAGGAGGACAAAGGAAAAGAUGGGAAAGAGGGAGAGGAUGAGCUCAAAUUAUUUAGCUUUUAACAGAGUCGGAAAAUCUUUUUUCUCUCCUUCAAUUCAAAACAAAUAGAAAAGUAUUUUAACUAUUCAUUUUUAAUCCUCUCUAAUCUAUUUUUCUGCCAUCACCUCAUCAAACCUGGAUAUUUUGUCACUUAGAUGUGUGCAGAAAUUAUACUCUACAGUUUAAGUCCAGCUCAGUCUAUAAAAGAUAAAAACAAACAACAGAUAGCGCUUUUAUUUUGAUUUUCUGCAUUUUCCUGACUCUUGCAUUUAAAGUCAAAGUAAAUAAAGUAACCAGAGGCCUUCAAAAGACCAUCCCCUCACUCUUCAUGCUGGCAGUAAGUGCAAACAUCACAUAAGCAUCUCUCUGCCCGCUGACAGUCAGUACACUGGUUGGUGGUGCUAAAUCGAAUUAAUAAAGCUCUUAAACACGCCACAACAUAACAGGAUCUUAACAGCCAUGGCAGUGCUGCUGCCUCUCUCCCCCUCUCUCUCUCCCACCCACCACCUCUCUCCUUUCCGCUUCAGAGCUUUCAUAAAUAUAGCUAGCUUACAGGGGAGGAGUGUUCACCCUCUGGGUAUACCAGUUUGUUUGCGCUCUCUCUCUCCCUCUUUCUCUCUCCCUCUUUUGCUCCCUCUGUCUCCCUCUCUCUCUCUCUCUUUUUCUCAAGCAUAACUGCAUUUUUAAAAACAUCAACAAAUGAUCCACAAUUUGCGAUGGCAUCAUUUCACCUAUCAGCGGAGCACUCGCAGCCUCUGAUCUGGGAAACCCCGCGCCAUUGAUUUACGGAGAGCGCCAGGCAGUGUGGAGGAAUUCAUUUGCCUUUCAAACAAGCACCCCCCCCCCCCCACACACACACACACACACACCUCCCAACCCUCCAUCCCCCACCUCUCCUCUCCUCUUCUCCUCUCUUCUCCUCUGAGUUAUCUUAUCACAGGAACAGGGGAGAUGAAAGAAGGACAUAAAGUACCACCGUGCCACCACAGGACGUUAACAUCCCCCUUAGAGACAAAGCAAAACAGAGCAGCUUUUGAUACCAUUGUGGUCUGUGUCACCGUAGUUUCUGUCAUUGGUCAGACAUGUAGGUGUGUGUGUGUACAGGGCUGAAGUUAGUUAGCUUUGUUUCUUAUCAAAGCUUAGUUUAGUUUUUCAGUUUCAAAUGAUAACUAUAUGAAACUCGAUCAUUUUAAACCGUAAAAGACAAAAUAAUAAAACAGAAACAUUUGUUCAAAUUAAGACAAGAACGUUCAAUUUAUAACGCAAAGAAAACUUCCAUGUUGGACCAGGAUUGCCUUUGCAACAACUUGUUUCAUCCGUUUCUUGGAGUAGUAUAUGUGGCUCAAUAAGGCCCAAACAGCACCUGUCUGUUAAAGCUGAUCAAAGAAAGUAUUAACUAGAAAGUAAGCCGCUUUGGCGUUGAUGUGUGAGUGUCACCGUUGGAGAGUCUUGUUUUUAUCUCGCUUUUGUCUCCUCACACUUUGGUGUUAAAACGAAGAGACGCAGUCAGCUGGUGCUGUGGGAGAGAUAAGAGAAUACCUGCUGAGACACCCAGAGGGGUUGAAGAAACACAGCGAAAAUGAAACAAGGCAGUCAAUGAGACACACACUGACACACACACACACACACACACUCGCACGCACGCACAGGAUCUGACAGUCGGGCUUCACACCCCACUUGACACGCUGACUGUCAAAGGAUGAAUCUGAUUUAUUGCAGCUAUCUUAUGAUAUAUGUCAAACAUGAAGCUCUAAUGGUGAGUUCUGAAAAUAAAUGAUUUACUAGUUUUACCGUUUAAAGGCCAAAUCAGUAAUUUUUUGAGCACAUAAAAUUGAAAUAUAUUCACUUAUAUAGGAGAGGAGUUCGGGAUGUGAUGUCCAAACUAAACCUGGUUAAAAACGAGGCCUCUUUCACUCCUCAUUUCAGGAUUAAACAAACAUUUUACAGCAUCCUAGAGUGCCAAUGUGCUUUUUUUUCAGUUUGAAUAUCUGUCAGUCAGUCUCCAGGCUUGGCAAGUGGACUUUUAAUUUCAUUGUAUGUUGUUUUCGUAACAAAAAAGGCACCAAAAAUCAUCCUGUUUUUUGCCUGUUCAGUAGGCUUUAUUAAAUGUGAGGUUGAGCUGAGUAUCCUCCACAGUGAAUGACAAACAGUUGCUAUUGAUCCGGUUUGCCUCUUUUCUCAGACCAGCUGAUACGAGGUAAUUAAUGACUCCAUUUUCUUCUGUACCACAGACAACAACCGAGUUUCAUACUCGGAUAACACUACUGCUAGCUCUCUACUCAAGAGAGCUAAAAUAUCUGGUCAAAUUGACACAUGUGCCCGGAGAAAACCUAAUUCCUUCAUAAAUGUUAGACAAAGCUACAGUCAAUAUAUUUCAGCUGUGAAACACACCGCCAUCUCUGCACACUCAUACCCAAUUGCAGCCCUCGAUUCCAUUCUCUUCAUGGAUCUAUUUCUUGGUGCGAGUCGGGUUCAUCCUCUGGCCUCAGCCAUUGAAAAAAGGUCAAGCAGCCGAGCAGAAUGGCAAUAACGCCCCUGAAAUGGUACCAUCAGUGGAACAUGAUUGAUCAAUUGAAUUCCAUAGCACAGAAAAAUGUGGGAUUAAGUAGAGUAUUAUACGCACAAUGAGUUGAGGCAUGAUGUUCAUUCCAAGUUCAUUUCGCCUCCCCUCCUCUGCCGGCGGAUCAGGCAAUCAAUAGCGGCCUUGCAUAUCAUAUAUCACCGCCGGCUCGCCCAGGAGAGAACAUAAUCUGCUGCAAAUUUAGAAUGACAGAUUUGUAUGGGAGCUAAAGCCCUCAUCCGCUGUUGGCGGCCGGGUAAAAAGGGAGGAAGGGAGGGCGGCAGGAGGCUGGGAAGUAGAGUGGAGGUUUCUGGGAUGCCGGCUGAAGGUUUUAGCUGCAGAAUGGUUUUUUCGUCCGGUGUUCAGGACUUGAUGAGGGAGCGCAGGGAGAGCUGCCGCAGCCGCAGUGGCCGAGUUGAUAGGGUCAGAGAUCAGGAGAACGAGGGGAGCACAGGCUCAUUUGUUUAUAUAGAGUGUGACCAAGUGAGGAAAUGCAUACGCUUGCCCUCGACGCCCCGUCCUCAUUCGGCCCUGAGUGCCGUCCCCACUCCAUUCUGUUUUCCAGAGGACAGGCAAUAUGCAGGGGGGGAGGAUGGAGGGAGAGAAAGAGAGACAGAGAGAGGGAAGGGUAAUAUGUUCAGGAGGAAAUAGUGCAGUUAAAUAAUGGCUCUCCAUUUCCCGCCAGCAGAAUGAGAGGCUCUGUAUGUAAUCGGCAGCCCCAGUUUCUCCUCCUGAAACACACGCUCUCCCUUACAAGUAUAUAUUUGCACUGAAGGUAAUCCAUCAAUUACCAUAGACCUAUCACAUGAUGACCGUGCUGAUGGCGGCCGAGAGGAGAGGAGAGGAUGGUGGAGGGGGGGUGCUUGAGUGAGUGUAUAUGUAUGUGUGAGAGGAAGAUAGAGAGGGAGAUAAAAGGCAGACAUGCUUGUGGGUUUCCCUGAAUUUACUCCUGCUCCUCAUCCGCCAUCAUUCUCACACCCAUUGAGCUCAAAACAAAUUUCUCCUCAUGCUGAUCUUUCUUAAACUCAAAUUAAAAAAGACUCAAGCUAUGUCCUGAUGCAGAUUUUGUUGCCUUCCUCCUCUUCCUCCCUCCUCUUCCUCUUCCUCUUCCUUCUUCUAGAUGGCUCUGAUGGUUCGGGCCCUGGCAGCGACUCACAGGGCAGUGUGGAGAGUUUAAGGAAGCACCUGCGGGCAGACGCCUUCACUCAGCAGCAGCUGGAGGCCCUGGACCGUGUUUUUGAACGUCCGUCUUACCCUGAUGUCUUCCCCACUUCAGAACACAUCAAACCAGAACAGGUAGACCAGACUGAUACCUUCUUUUUACACCCCAGCAUUGCACUAAAAUAUGACCUCCCCCCUUUCCAUUCUUCUUUAAACUCCUGUAGUCAAAAAUUAAACAAUCCACAUCAAAUUCUUAGUGGAUUAUUUAGAGCUAUUUUAUUCCGACACAGGUGACAAAAAGCUUUCUGCAACUUCUUACUCAAAGCAACCUACAAGCCUACAGCCUAUUACACUGGAUAACCUUUAUUUACAUUCAUUAGACUGUUAAACAACAAGAGGACUAUUAAUUUUUCUAUUGGAACUCUAUGUGGGUGCCCAUGCAGCCUUAGCAGUGCCCUAAUUGAGUUCAUUUUCAUCUCUGCGCGAUCGCGGGGAAUUACAGCGGCGAUAAAUCAGAGGGACAGCCCCUCAGCCUGCUAUACAGCCCCUAAUGCAGCUAAUUACCAAAGUGAUUUCUACGGCAAGAUCAAUACCAAAACGAAUUGGAAAUGACUUGCAAUCACAAAGACUGGAGGAGAAGGUAUUAAAAAGGCGGGGAGAAAGUGGAGGAGGGGGGUGAAAAACGGCAUCAGAAUAGUCCAGAAAAAUCAGUUUUAAUUUAAUGUAAUAUUAAUCAGGCUGCUUUCCACCCGUUCUGCGCGCCUCCUCUUUUCUCCCUGUUUCCAACACCCCCUCCUUUUCUUAAACUGGUGAAAAGGUGGGAUAUUAGGCUAUUAGGGGCUUGUCUGGUGUCUGCGUCAGGGCAUUAAAAAGCCAUUUUGAAGAGGCCAGGCUGAAUAGGCCUCAUCCCUCCCACACUUCUGGCAGCCAUGUGGUCGGGUCAUUCAGGCCCCUCUGUGCUCGCCACUCGCCCUCCGCCCAGCCCUGCCCAGCCCUGCCCACAGCCCAUCUGCAUGACAAAAUGGCUCUUGUGCUGCAGAGGCCCAGCGGAAUAGAGAAGAACAUCCAGCCCAGUGCCAGGGAACAGUUGUAAGCAGACAAUUAGAGUUUAUCUGGGAUAGAGGCAGACAAGACUGGGGUCACCAACUCGCCCCUGUGGGACCUCUGGCCCAUUGAGACAAACAGAUGCACUCUGAUACAAACACUCGCAGAUACAAACGUGUGCACACACACUUAUCCUUUCAAAGAAGAGGAAGAAGAGUCGGGUCAGGAAGUGUCAUCUCAUUAACAAACAGGAUUUAUCACAGCUGCUAGCUUAACUUCAGAUUAAAGAGAAUUACUGAAGGGACUAGACUGAACCUCACAUUAGGUGUGAUGGGGCAGUUUCAGACUAUAAGCAAUACACAACUAGGUAAUCUACAGUUUGUGUGUGAUUGGUAGAUAAAAGCUCAUUUUUAUUCAUUGUUCAUUUCAUUGCUUUUCAAUUAAAAAUCCCACCGCUGUGAGUGCACAGUAUCCAUAUCCAACAUCUGUUCCCCACCAGAAUAAAUCUAUGUUAUUGUAUCGUGAAUUUUAUCAAGUCGUGUCAUGUUGUAUCGUAACGUAUCAAAUCGUAUUAUAUCGUAUCAUAUCGAAUCAUAUUGUGUUGUAUUGUAUCGUAUCGUAUCGAAUCGUGUUGUACCGUAACAUAACUAAACAUAUCGUAUCAUAUCAUCGUAUUGUAUUUUGUUGUAUUGUAACGUAUCGUAUUGUGUCAUAUCAUAUUGAAUUGUAUCGUAACGUAUCGUAACAUAACGUAUCGUAUCAUAUCAUAUAAUCAAAUCGUAUCGUGUUGUAUCGUAAUGUUUUGUAUCACGUCAUAUCAUAUCGAAUCUUUUUGUGUCGUGUUGUAUUGUAAUGUAUCGGAUCGUAUCAUAUCAUAUAUCGUAUCAUGUAAUAUCGUAUCGUAUCAGAUCAGAUGGUACAGCAUAGUACUGUUUUGUAUUGUAACAUAUAUCAUUUUAUAGUUAUGUAUUGUAACAUGACAUAUAGUUUGAUAUUGUAUGUUGUAUCGUAUUACAUAUUUUUUGGUACAUUAUUGUGUACUAGGGUACAGUAUCGAAUGGCAUUAUAGUAUAUCAUAUCAUAUAGCAUUGUGUCAUACUGUAUCGUGUUUUAUGAUUCAUAUUGCGUCGUCCUAUCUCACACUUUAUCAUGUUGCAUCACAGCAAGAGCUUCUUUUUCUAGAAUACAGAUGCACCUGCACAUUCAAUCACAAUCAUUAAAAACAACAACAACAACAAAAAAACCUUCAACAUGAAGAAAAAUAAAUAUGUAGUUUAGCAAGUAAAGAAAAAAAAAAUCUGUAAAACAAUACACACUUUAAAAAAUUUUAAUAACCAUGAUUUUUGUGUUCAUUUUAGAAACAAAGCACAAAGGCUGAUUUUGAGGUUGUACUCCCCUUUAAAAAAAGCACACCACAUGUCUCUCCUGUAACAAAGCCCUGAAUGUCUCCUCCCUUGACUGGUCACAGGGAUGACUGCAGUGGAGCACAAAGAGCCAGCUGACACCCCGUCCUUUCACUCCUUUCCCAAUCCCUCUCUCAUCCCUCUCUCCCUUCCUGCCUUCUCCUCAGACAAGCCUUAAUGCAUGCAUACAUCAUAGGUCUUGGUAAAGCAUGGGGAGCGGGUACAGGACGGGCUGGUUGGGGGGAUUGUUCACAGAAUUCACUGGAAAUAUUCAGAGGGAAAUGCAGUAUGAGGAUCACAGGCGGACCUUUAGGAUCCUCCAGGGGUUUUCAUAAGGCAUAAUUCAUAUAAUGUUUCCCAAACUGUGAAAUCUGAUUUGAAUCUAACACCGAAAGUGAGCUUUAGGGCGCUACACAAGUGAAAUUUAUGAUAUUAAAGUGAAAUCUGUGCGAAAAGAUGCUGUUUUUUGAUUCCCGCCUACUUACAUGUGCCUUCCUCUGCUGACAUAUUUUUGCAUUUGUUGUGUGCUUGUCCACAGGCCAAUGAGUACUCGCUCCCUUCCCUGAACACUGGCCUGGAAGAUGUAAAGCCAAGUCUUUCCACCAGCGCCAGCUCCGAGCUCGCCUCCAGUGUCUCCCAGAGCUACUCUGUUGUGACAGGUACAGUCUGACUCACGCUAGAUUGAUCCCUAAAAGAAUAAAACACAGCUGCAGCGGGCUGAGGACAACCGUGCCAAGGUGGUCAAACUCAGAACUUGACACAGAUAUUGCGCUGCAUUUUGCUCUGUUUCUGCUGCCAAAGGCUCCUCAUGUUGAUGCGUCUCCCAAACUGUUCUUGGAGGAAGGAAAAAAAGCAAAAUUUCCAGCUUUUAGUUCAACUUAAAGUUAAACUUUACCACAUUUAAUAGCUCCAGUUGAUCAGUAAUGAGUCAGUCAUUUGUGGCUUCAUAUCUCUCGUCGAACUUUGUCAAAGUACUAAAAACCCAACCUGCCUCUGCAGCAUCAUUGACUCAUCACCUCCUUAUGGCGCACACUUUUCCCAGCUACAUAAAAUUCUCACCACUGAAUGAAAGAAACUAUUUCCAGCCACUUUUUUUUGCGGCACUCAGUGUGUUUAUUUUCAGCGGGACAGAGCGAGGCGAUAUAUCAUCUGAGCCCAUUAAAUCCUACAGGCCUUUCACACGCUGCUCCUAACUGGCUAUUGUGUUAGCCUGGAUUGGCCCGCUAACAGAUUGACUGGGAGCACUUCUCAUGAGAGACAGCUGCUGUUCUCGCCCGCGACACGACGUUGUCAUCAAAGGCUAUGAUAGCCUGUUGAUUGACAGCGGCUGGAAUGGCAGUGUGGCUGGCUGGCUGCCUCAUGCUGUGGAGAAAAAGACAGAUACAGAAAGACUGAAAUUACAGAUUUUUUUCCCAACCUGUGAACUAGAUCUUGUUUUAAAAGUAACUCCUACCAAGAGCCAACAGGUAAUGGCAGGUGCAGCGUAUUAAAUAUCUUGUAGUAUUAACUAUCUGUAUCAUAUAUCCCGCUCUGCAUCGCACUAUGGCUUCUUUUGCUCUGCUGUCCAGCUUGAUGUCCGCCUGGUUAAUUGAAAUAUUGUUUCUGCUGAGGCUCUUUCCCAGGAGAGGUUAGGUUUACUGACUUGAGAAUAAUAUACCAGCCUUUUAAUAAAACGCCCACAAUUAUUCAGUGGGCAUGGAAGUCAAUGAGUCCAGUGUGUGUGUGUGAGAGAGAGAGAGAGACGGAGUAGGUAAGGAGGAGGAGGACAGCAUGAUUGAAAACUGCCAUGCUCCUUCUCAAAUGAUCCCUAUAGUCCAGCCCCGGACCCCGGCGCAGAGCUGCGAGAAAAGAAAGAGUCUUUUUUUCCUGAAUAUGUGGGAGGUAGAUUUGCCCCUGAAAGUUGGGCCUCAGGAGAAGAAAGGUGUGUUUUUGUCUUUUAUGCCUGGCUCCUCCUAUGAAAGCGGUCUCGCUCUGGGGAGCACACUCAUAGCAGGUGGCCUUCAAGCCACCUGGGGGCCCGGGGCCUCCUAAAGCGAUACAUGUGAGGGCCACAGAUUGCAUAAUGAGGAGGCAGGCUAACAAAACUUUUCUUUAAGUAAAGUUUGGAAACAUGUUUGAGCACUCGCAUCUGAAAAUAUUUAUCUAUUCUGAGCUCCAAAUUAAACCAGGAAGUAAUUCCCUGUAAACUUUUAUGACUUAAUUUUAACGACCCUGCAAAGUAAUGCAUGAGGCAUUUGAUUGGAUGUAGAAUGUCAGUGCAUAAUAUUAUUUUUUCUGCCAUUAGCAAACCCUGUAAAUAGGAAUGUAUGCCAAGGCUGAAAAAUGCUAAAUUACCUUCCUCACUUAGGCUGGGAUCCAAUUAUCAAUAAAUUAUCCUCUCAUAUUGGAUGGAGCUAUGAGAUUAUAUUCAUUCUUUAAAUGUUUUCUGCUCCCAAUUAAAAUUCAUACAGUUAUUGAUCUUGUUGAUUUUUAUGUCCUGGAAUUUGCAUAAUCUAUUAAAGAUGAAUGAUUAAUGAAGUGCUCAGUUUGCAUUCCAAGGGCGCCAAAGCAGAGGCAAUGUCGGCCAUUUUUGUGUCCUCUGUUUACUCUAAUGUGUGAAAGAGACAGUUACCUAGGGAAGAGGGAGGAAGAGGAAAUCAGAGGGAGAUUUAGAGCGCUGAAAUGCCCCACUGGUAGUUAGAAGGAAGCAACAAAGACUAUGGAAAAGUUUUUCUACAGGAAAAUAAAUAAUAGUUGUUAUAUUUGUAGUUUGCAAAAAGACUUGAUUAGUUAGUAAAUGUUGGAAUUAAACUUGUUUAUUUAUCCUAUUUAUGGACAGACAUAACCAACCAAAAUAAUAUCGUAUUAUCUUAUUUUUGUGGUGUUGUGCAUUUCUUACAUGAUUACAUGAUCUGUGCAGGGAGCAUUGACAGAACAGUGUGCCACUAUUGACCCCCCAGUCUCUGCUGUAUGUGUCCACAAUCGUCUGUUAAUACCUGAAGAGCUUUAGCAAAAGGGUUGGGAGUUGCUGGGUGACUCAUGAUACAUGGUAUAUAAUAACAUUAAUAUCACAUUAGAGCGAUUCUGAUUCAUAAAGCAGUAAAAAGGUGAGUCAAAUUGGAAGGGAAGUUUGUUAAGAGAGCCAAAUUAGGUUGAAAUUAAAAUAUGAUUAUAGAAGUUUGGCACCAGGAUUAUAGGAAUUAUGUUACAUGAGUCAAAACAACAACAGUAUAUUGCAGUAUUGAUAUUUUACCUCUCUAUUUAAUUAGCAAAACAACAUCCAGUACAUCAUAAGUUGGACUUUUGUAAUCCUGAAAACAAGCCCUUUUAAAUACAAACCAAAAAUAAUAAUGUAAUAUUUUAGCAGCUUUAAUGGAUUUGAACAAGAGUACUGUAGUCUUGAUGUACGCUGUGCUCCAGAGACUACAAGGAGGCUGGGUGUAAAAUCCAUUUGUCCAUCUCUGUAUUAGCUCGUGUCUAUCUUUGUUUCUUUAAAUGAAGAUAUUCAAAAACCGUAGAGGUGUGAGAACAGAGGUGAGAAAUGCUUUAUUUUGGAUGAAUUUAAUGGAAAAUGAGCCCACUAUGUGACUUGGCAGCACCAGCUUUUCUCUGCUGGGUGGGAAACAACAAGCAGCAGCCUAACCUGCAGCGCCUGGUGUGUGGCCUAGUGACAAACGGCUUGUCUGAGCUCACAGCCCUCAGCUUAGAAAUUAAUGUUUAUAUCAACUCCCUCAACAGCACACUAACCUUUAAGCACACAUUUGAUAAUGAAUGACUUAGACGAUGGAUGGAGUAUAAAUAUGCUGUUUGGCUCAGCGGAGUCUCAACUGAACGCAGGUUUUGAAAAUUGGGAUUGUUUUGGCGUGUGAACUUAAAAAAAAGAAGAGUUUUUAUGAGAUCUUUCACCUACCUACUGUAGGGAUGAAGAAGUUCUCAGCAGACCGAAUGUCAGCUUUUGUAAACAAGAGUUCUGUCUGUAAAUGUUUGCAGCCAGUUCCUCAGUGUACGUUUAAAAAUGAAAUGCCCACAUGAGAGAACGCUGUUGCAGCUAUAUCUGGACGCAUCGCUCUGAGGACCGUUGUAGGUUCUGAACAGUUCAUCUCUAUGGUUGAUGGGGUCUGUGGACGUAGCAGAGACAGAUGCUGGAGAACUCUAUAGCGUCUCCACCCGCUCAGAGAUGUGUUUGGUGGGUAGAGGAGUCCCCGAGGACCCUGAGUUUAUCUUCCAUCUCCAUCAUCAGAGCCCGUGAUUUGACAGACUCCCUUUACCCAGGCUCUGCCUCGUCUCCAGGACAAUAAGCAACACCAUGUCUGAUUAGUUUCAGAGUUCAGUGGUCUUGAACGCAGCGUUUGUAGCGGUUGUUGUUGUGUCGUAACCUGUUGUGUGUCUGACAACGGUUGCUUAGGGGCUGAGAAAACAGAAGCCAACGGCUGUACAGAGGAGGUCUUGGAUAUACGGUGUUUUGCCUUGUGUUCAGGUUUGGUGCCCUCGGUAUUGUCUUGCAGGUUAGAUUCGUGACCUGAAUGAGGGUUAACAAAGUAAAAUUGCAUAAUCUGUAUGAGUACAUGAAGAAAACCUAAACAAGGAAAGCAGAACCCACCAUAUCUGAAUGGUGGUCUAAGGCCUGUCCUUUUAAAAGUACUGUGACUACUUGUAUCUAAAGAAUUGUAUUUUUUGGGGUAGAUGAGGGUAAAUUUGCACCUUAAUCAACUUCAGCGUGGCUCAACUUUUAAAAACUACUCUAAAUUCAAAGACUUAAAUAGACCCAUGUAAGAUAUAAUGAACUGAAGAACUCAUUCCAGUAGAUUUAUGUCAUAUCUUUACUUUGCAGGAGACAAACUUUAGGACUGUCCAAUUAAAUGCAAAGUCCACUCAUUAGAAUAUUUCUGUACAUGUCAGAGAUUCAUGUCAACCACUCUUUUUAAUGAUUUGAUCAUAUGUUAAAAACUUACUUUGUUAAACCUUAUCUGGCAUUUGUCUCGAUAAGAUAAGAGUAUUUAGUGUAAUUGCACUUCUUCCUCCGUCUGAGUCCACUUUAACAGCUGCCACAGAGAAAGAGAGGGCAGGAGAACCUGCUGAGGAAUUCUAUGGGAAAAACAGUCAGUUACGUUGCCUGAUUCUCUGGCAUAAGGUUCAUAGGGCUGACAGGGUUGCAUCCCCCCUUUCCAUAGAACAGCCCUUAUCUUAAUGAGGAAUCGCAACACACAGUCCUGUUGUAAAAUAACAAUGACGGGGGAAGCAGCUAAUGAGGCUAUCAUGGUGUCGAGAAAGAGCCAUCUCUCCCCGCAGGCCCCAGCGAACAGAGCGAGCUCUGCGGCAGACGCGGCGAGGCCGGAGACGGAGACAGAGCUCACAUUGAUUGCAAGGGUUCAAGAGGCAGAGCCGGUGAAAUGAAAGAUGCCAAGACUCAUCAGCCAAAUUAGAUCAAAGUGUGGAGUUCUGAACUGUCUGCAGGCCGAUUUGUUUGGGUAUUUGUGGGAGUGAUUUUGUUGUGAGAAAGCAGCCGUGAGAUUAUGUUGUUUGUUUUCCCAAAACCUUUGGGAAAUUUUUUACGCAUUUGAGCUUGAUUGAUCAGGCGCGAUGUGUUGUUGCAACAUUUCACUGGUGUAUGUUCCCCACUUAGCUGAAUGAAUUACUGCAGGGUGCAUAUGAGAUUAUUAUUGUAAGCUAUGCAAAUGAACAAAUCGACUGCUGAAGACUGCUUAUCUAUUCAGGAGUCAUAUGAAACGUCUGGUCUAGAGUUUGCAAAAGACAGGAUGUUUUUUUUUUACUCGUGGCAAACGCACUUCAUGUUGCAUUUCUCAUUCUUUUGACUGUCAUCUUCAGACCUGAACCUAAACUAAGAAGAACAAAAUGAGUUUCUUUGUUUUUGUUUUUUUGCAAGAAUGACUCAGAAGUUUUAGAUAGGAAAAGGUUCUGGAUGAGUGCUUUUAUAGACCUACAUUUCUGAAGGACAGCUACAAAGCUGCAAAAUAUCAGUGAAUUAACAAGUGCGUGACAGUCAAACCUCCAAACCUUGGCUGCAACACAUUUGAUCUCUGCAUAAUAUGAGUGGAGUUGCAUUUUAACAUCCCAGGACUCAUGUGGGCAGACUCUUUUACCAGUAAUAUCCACCUUCAUCUGAGGCUUCUUUUGCUCCCUUUACUCCCCUCCUCUGUUAAAGACUCUGCUUUAGCUGACAUCUUGUCCCGUCAGUCCAGACUCUGUAGAUGCUUCUCCUCCCAGCUGCCUGCAGAAAAUAUGCCAGCAGUUAUAGAUUUACCCAUAAAACCCCCAAAAAACAGUUAUAACCAGAUCCAGUCCAAUCUUUGAGGUUCACUUAUUCCUGUAUUUAUUUGCUGUCUCUUUCCUCAUUUGCAAACACCAGACUGAGGUAUUGUGCGUUUAGUGGCUCCACUUUUGUGUGCUCAGGAGCAGAACUGACUGUUUGCCCCUCAUUAACAGGACCCACUCCUCUCCCCAUUUCCACCCGGCUUCUCUCCAGCGCUGACCCCUUACUCAUCUCCCAAGUUAACAAAAGGCCUCCAGGUCCUUCCAGCCUCGUGACAGGCCCGAGGUCUGAGGGGCCAGAGGAGGCCAAAUCAGGGAGGGGAGGAGGGGUGGGUGCAGAGGCGGAGAUGUAAAGCUGAUGCUGGGGCCUGAUUUGGACCCGGGUCUCUCUGUCCUGUGUGACCCUUCAUCCAGUGUUGUCACUGUCAAUUAUAGGAGUGAAUGUGAGGCAGACAGGGCAUCUCUGCUCCUCACUUUCAGCUGUGCAGAAUCCUUUUCCUUUAUGGGUAACAGAGCGGUAUUUCUAAGCAUGUGCAGUUAACGCCAUGGAUGGAUAACGCAGACUUUUAUUUACUAUUAUUACAAUAUUCCAGGAUGAUCUUGCUGCAUUUGAGAAGUAUAAAGUUGUGAUUUAUUGUCAGAGCGGCAUUGUUUAUUUUUACUGAUCAUGUGCAUCACUGCAGUUGGAUGAUUUAUUCCAGAAGAUAUCAUAGAAAUUUAAAACUUUUGCAUUGAGAUCCAUAUUUACUCAAACUGAUAACAAUCUGAACCCUGUGAGGAUGUUAAGAGCAGCAAUAGUUCAGUCUGUAGAGACUUGGUUUAGACUCAUGGGGUCAUGGGUUCAAGUCCCUGUUAUGGACCAAACUAAGGAAACUCUGCUGGCUCCUGGAGAGCUUUCAGUUUUCAAGAAAUGCUGAAAAAGCCUUUGAGCAAGGCACCAAACUUUUGCUAUCUGUGGUGCCUGUUCAUGUACAGCCUCUUCAAUCUGACAGCUCUCCAUUAGUGCAUAUUGAGUUAAUGAGUUUGGUUUUAGUCUCAGUCAUCUUCAGAGAUUUAUGGUUGGUCUUUGUGAUGUUUAAGUCAACUUCAGUCAGUGAAACUCAAUUUUAUAACUAAUCCUCAUUUUAGUCUAAUUUUUGUCUCUGUUUAAGUCAUCAUCCUCUCAGUCAGUUUUAUGGUAGUUUAUCGUGAGAAGGAUAUUUUCCCUUGUGGCAAAAUAUCCCUGGGGAAAAACAAUAUUUUACCAAGUUCAGACAUCUUGGCUGAAAUGUGUCGCUAUGUUGUGCUGCUUCCUCAUUGCAUUAAAAAUAAUAGUCUGAAUUAAUAAGUCAGGAUCUGUAUAAGAGUCUUGUAAGGUGGCCUGCCUUUUAAUUUAUUUAAUUUAACAAUAUGUGAAUAUAGCACGGCAUGCUAAUUGCUCACAGGUGUUCUGCUGAGUUGUGCUACCUUGUCAAAAAGUGCUACCAUCACAAAGGCUGACCACAAAGGUCUGAAUUCUCAAGAACCUUGAGAUUUGUUAAAAACUUGGAAAGAGAAUUAAAUUUAGAAAAACAACAUACUGCAUAUUCAGGUCAUCAAAUCAUCAGACAUCAUGGUUGUUGACCUGGUUUCAUCUUUGGGUGUUUUUCCAAUUCCUGCAGAUUUUUUUCCUCUCAUGUAUCCAAAAGACUCUCCAUCCUUAUCUGGAGUGACAAAUGUGUCCUCAGGCCGCUGGUUGUGAUGAGGCUCUAAUUUUCCAGCAGUAGUUUUGUAGUUUUGCUUUUGACGUGAUAGCUAAUAGCUAACAGGUUAGAGACUCUCACUAUAGACUGUACUGUUUACCACCAUGCUACAUAAAUCUGUGUCCUCAUUCUUGUUAUUUAUGCAUCCGUCUUGUCCUCCUGUGUUUUCUGCAGGUCGAGACAUGGCCAGCACCACCCUACCUGGCUACCCGCCUCACGUCCCUCCCACAGGACAAGGCAGCUACCCCACCUCCACACUCGCUGGAAUGGUUCCUGGUAGGUGACACUGCUCCCUUUUUAUGGUGCCAUUAAUUUUACUUUUACAUGCUUUCUUUUCACCACACAGUCCCCUUCAGUUGAUCUUGUUUAAAGAACUUUAGGUAAAGCGAGUGGAAAUGCUUCUCUGUGUUGUCUUUGAGAGCUUACAUAGUCUACAUAAAAAAAAUAAAAAAACACUGCAGAGUGGCUGAGGAAACACCUCUCCUGACUCUCAGGAUUGAAGCAGGCUUGUUAGAGCUUUGUUAGACUGCGGUUAGCGUGCGGUUAGCGUCCACGUACGAGGACAUUAGAUGAACUCGAUAGGCGAUCACCACAAUCAGUGGCCGUGAGAUAGGACAGUUCCUCUCAGUUACACUCCAGCUCCCAGCGCUCAUUACCCUCGCCGUGUCCACACAGCGCGCUCUCCCCAGCCCCAUCGAUAAACACUGCUUUUUGCCUCCCCGGACACCCAGGGCUGCCGAGCGUAUCUCUUUCCCCUCUACUUAACCUGCAGUUCAGGUUCACAGCAAACAGUUAAGGGUCAAAACACAGAGGCGUGGAGGGCCUGUAAAUAUUUAAAUCACUAUCUCUCUCAGGGAUGAGCUCGAGUUACACGACCAGCGGUGAGGAUGCUAUAGCUGCCAGCAUGUGUAGAUCUCUCCACAAACAGCUGAAAACACAAUUCCCUUUAUUGCUCCGAGAUUUGUUCCUUACAUGCUGACCCAUAAUCAAAGCAGGCGUGCAGUAUUUACAAGUGUGCAUGAGGGUAACAUUUUCAGAUGUACAUGGAGGUAAAGGCUGAUGCUUUGAGUGAAAUUACUCUGCUUCAUUGGAUUAUAAGAGACUGGGGAGUGCUUCUGGACAUACUCACUUAGCACACAAGCACAGCUCCCUUCCUUUUUAAUCCAGAGGUCGUAGUUUUUCUUUGCACCUGAGUGUGACUGACUAAGAUUUAGUGACUGGCCCCAAACACUGUUAAAGCAAAGGCCGUUCUUCAGCAGCUUCAUAUAAAACCCAGCCUUUAUAGUCUCGUAAAAAGAAAGAAACCUGUGGACCCACAGCAUCGCUCUACCACGUCCCCGCUGCCUCCUCUCCUUGUCCUUUCCUCCACGACCCGAGCGGGGAGGACGAAGAGCGAAUGAGACUCUCGGAGAAGCUAUUAGGGAGUUUUGAAGCGAAGCAUCAUCGCUUAAAAGAAGGAAAAGAGGGCUGGAAUUCUCACUUAAGGACAAAGUAGGAGAAUCCUGAAGACUAACAGAGGAUUAAUAGAGCAAUCCAUUUACUUUGAGUGGGACAAGCAGCCAGGACAGAAAUGUCCGGCUGUGGAGGCGCGAGUUCAGAAGUGCUGCUUUGUGAGCUUGAGUCUCUUGAAUUCUAGGAAAUCUUAUUUCAGUCAAAGUGAGUCAAACUCAGUGAGAUGAUGUUAAUGUGAUAGAAAACUAAAAUGACAGAUUUUGAAUUUAAUUUCACUCUAAAAUGUUCCCAACAACAGACAAAGACAAUCACAGCAUCACUCUGACUCUUGCCUUUAAAAAACUACACCUUAGGUUAUCAUAUCAUACAGGUUUGCUCAGUUAGUCAGCAAAAAAAUUCAUUAAAAAAAUAACUAUAAUGUGCAGUAUUUAAGAUAAAGCCUGAUCUAAAACCAACAUGCCAAAACAGAUGUUUUAUAUACCUGUGCGAUACUGCAAAAUCCUGUUUUAUUUAAGUGUUUUAACCCCGAUACUGAAAAGUCGAUUUACAGAUGGUGUGACACAUCGUUUGAUAACUGAAAUAUUGUGAUGUCUUAUUUUGUUUUUUGUUUUUGCUUAAUUUUUACAAAACUGUCUUUUUUGUGUGUCAUAGGAGGGGACUUUUCUGGAAACCCUUACUCUCAUCCACAGUACACCACGUACAAUGAAGCAUGGCGGUUCAGCAAUCCAGCAUUACUAAGUAAGUUUCUGAUAUGUUAAAAAAACGACCGACAUUAAUCACGUUUAAUUUCAUUUUAUGGUGUUUUUAUGUCAUUAUAAAUCAUCACUGGAACAGUUUGAUGGUUUUCCUUCCACAUAGUUUUACUCACCUGUCUCACAUCAUGUUUGACCUCGUGGUUUCCAACAACUCGCUCUUCUGUUAACUUUCAGGUUCCCCUUAUUAUUAUAGUGCCGCAUCCCGUGGCUCCGCCCCUCCCACUGCUGCCACUGCCUACGACCGCCACUAGUUACCAUGGAGACCAGCUCAAACUGCAGGGCCAGGGCUUCGGCCUCCAUAUUGUCCCCGUCUGAGAAACUCUGAGGUCAAAGGGAAGCGAGGAGGAACCCUGAAGGAAACCUGUGAUGUGGAGGAAGAUCUGCAACUUCAGCGCGGGUCGACCUGAGCCUGAGCGUCAGCGUUACACACUUUGGGGUCAAACUGUCUCCCGAGGGUGUCCAGAAGUCACCCUGAAUCUCUCACAGGCCUGAAUAUUUCCAGAAUGACUUUAAGAGAUUAUAUAAAUAUAUAUAUUAUAAAAUAUAAACUGAAGAAAAACAGUGUGAAGAAAACCAUGUGGAAAACAUUGUUGUGGGUUUUUAUUUUUGUUUCUUUGUUGCUGUUGUUGUUGUUGUUAUUUUAUUCAUGGAUCCUCACAUUCCUGUCAUGUGAUGAACUGCAGUAUUUUCUGCUCUAAAGAGGAAAGUCCAGGGGGGAGAUGACAAAGGUCCCAAAGCUUGAUGGUUGCAGCAGCUUGGACCUGUGUGGUGGGGCCUUUCGGACACUAAAUAAGAUCCUGGUUACGCACUGUAGGACGGGCUUUACUCUGGUGCUUUGACUACGUCUUCUGCUCUCAUUUCUCCAAACACACCGGCAACAUCAGACAAACACAGCAGCUCCGACACUUGACCCUAUACAGACCAAUGGCAGCAUCAGACUCCCUGUGGCAAACAAUCAGAUGUAAAAAUGUAAAUCAUCUUCUGAAGUAUUUAAAAAAAAAAACACGGUGGCCGUGAAUUGGUCCCACCAGAAUUUUUAAAUACUUUAAAUUAUUUUUUUUUCUGUCACUAUUUUUUAAUGUAAAAAAAAAAUCAAAGAUUUCUUCAAAGUAGACGUCACAUUUCCCUCAUUUUCCAGUCAUGUCUAUGUCCAUGCAUGAUCCUCUUUGCUCUUUUUUUGCACUAUAACCUCAGCCAAUUUAAUUUAUUUGGUACAUUCACUAAUUAUUACAUUUAAUUAACCUACCAAUUGUGCACAUACCUUGGAAUAUUUAUAAAGCGCUCAAAUUAGACAGAAAUCUUUGUGUGAACAUCUUUUUUUGAGUACAAACGAUGCAUUCAAGGACCUGAGGAGUCUUAAGCCAUGGCCCUGUGGCUACACAAACCAACUCUCCUGGGUUUUAACUUCAUUCAGCUACUUAGUCACACCACUAGAUGCCUACACAGUUUAGAAAGCUGUACGCAGUUGAGCAAAGCAACUGUAAAUGAGCUUCAACAAUUGCCUUACAAACCUGUUUUUUCAACCUAAAUUCAUGCCUGUUUAAAGAAAUUAAUUGCCUUUACAAAAACACACACUCACCCGCCUCCUUGAUUUACAUUUUUCUCUCUCUGUUGGGACUGAAAGGAAACACUGACUCAGUUUGCUUUUUGGAAAAUAUUUUGUGAAUGUACUCUUAACUACAUUUGCCAAAGACUUAGUUUGAUAUUUAAUAUUUUAUUUACAGUAUAUGUAUGCAUAAAUAAAGCAGUAUUAUCUUUAAAAUAAGUAGUCAACACUGAACCUGUAUGUCAAACAACAUAGAGACUGUCAUGAGAAAGGUGAACUUCAGUGACUCCAUCGGUUGCAACUAAAUGCUGCUUUGUAGAAUGAUUUGUGAAUAAUGUGAAGACAAUUCUUCUCUGUAAAUAAUAUCACACACACCGUUGCAGUAUCAUGCUAAUGUACUGGCUCCCUUUGUAGAUAUACAGACAGAAAAAAAAACAUGCAUUACAUUUGUGUCUUAAUGUAAUGUUGUGCUCUAAAGGAAAAGGCACAACUACUGUACAACCUGCAGCUACAUGUACUGUGGUAGCAGGUUUCAGAUGCUAACAUCAUGUAGCUUGUCUUUGUCAUUUUGUUUUGUUUUUCAUGAUAAUGUCAUGAUGAGGUUUUAUGUCACUAUGCAAUGAGUUUAAAGGCUUUCUGUAUCAUCUUUUGUUGUUGGGCUCAAAGUAAGUAAUUCUCAUGGAGAGAAGCAUUAAAAGCUACAACGUCCAAAAUGAAGAUCAAACUGAAGUCCUUGGCAACAAUCAAAGAUAUUGUCCUGUUUGCUGUUAGUAGAUGUUGUGAUCAUUACGUUAAUCCAAAUUACAGUCAUAUAAAAAAAUACAUCCACGUAUAAUCAGUCACCCAUCUCUCCUCCUUCACUCCACUCUUAAGACGUAUACAAAGUGGAGUUUAACACUAUACAAACACAACAGAAACUCCAUCUGGCACCAGGGUUAACUGUCAUUGUUAAGGAGCAUCAGAUCACAAAGAAACAGACUGCAGUCCUGCUCUUCAGGAGACACUACCCUCCACACAUUGCACUUGGGAUUUGCCUUUUUCCUGUCCACAUGUAGCGCGACAUAUCUGAAAAUGAAACACCAGUGCAGAGUGCAGACAGCCUCUGAAAGAACAGGUCUUCUGCUGUUGUAAAGAUGAUACAGGAGAUGUGUCAUGGACAUAAAAAGAGUAAGGAUUUCUGAUGAAAAUCUAUACGGAAAGCCUCGUGGCCUCAAUCAUUGUUCUGUUUCAGUUCUGUUCCAAUUCUUUUUGUGCACAUGAGAAAUAAAUUCUUUUAUAUGUCA